UAACCCGGGUCAAAAUCUUACUCCAGCUAGGGUUUUCCCGAAAUCCACAAACCAGUUUCUCAUCGGCUUAUCCAGGAAAAUCUCAUCCCCAAAAUUCCCAUUCCUCUCCAACACUUACCGAAGCUCCAUCAUCGGCUCUCACUCUCGAGUUGCAUAAUCGAGUUAUUUACCCUUGUGGACUGGCUUCCUCUUGGAUUGCUCUGUUCGAAGGAGAUUUCAAUGAUUUUGAGGAAUUUAUGGGAAACAUAAGGAAUAUGGGUGUCCAGACACGGAAUAGUAACGAUCGGCUUAGAACAGUUUGGACGCCUGAAAUGGAUAGAUAUUUCAUAGACCUUAUGCUGGAACAAGUUAACAAAGGGAACAGAUUUGACGAGCAUUUGUUCAGUAAACGAGCGUGGAGAUUUAUGAUCUCUCUGUUCAAUGCAAAAUUCAAAUUCGAGUAUGAAAAGGAUGUUUUGAAGAAUCGACAUAAAACGUUGAGGAAUCUGUACAAAGCUGUGAAGAAUCUCCUUGAUCAGAGGGGUUUCAGCUGGGACGAAGUGCGGCAAAUGGUGACUGCUGAGAAUCAUGUCUGGGAUGAAUAUGUUAAGGAACACCCCGAGGCACGAUCUUUUAGAAUUAAGAGCAUCCCAUAUUACAAUGAUCUGUGUAUAAUAUAUGGAGGCGCGACAGUCGGACAAAAAGGGAUUUAUUCGCAGGAGUCGUCUCAUUCUGGUGAUAAUGAGACGAUGUAUACAAAGCCGCUGGGGACAGCCAGUGAGGGAGAUGUUGAAGUACUUAAUGGAAUCAUGAUCGGUGAAGACUAUAAAAUUUCUGUGUCUGGAGAUGUUGAUGAGCUACCACAAAUGUCAAAUACAGCAACCACAGCCAUUUCUCGUUCCCGAACGUAUUGGCAGCCUCCUAUGGACAGAUUCUUCAUAGACCUUAUGUUGGAGCAAGUGCAGAAAGGCAACCAAAUAGAUGGGAUUUUUCGGAAACACUCGUGGGCUGAGAUGAUUGCAUCAUUCAAUGCUAAGUUUGGUUUCCAUUAUGAUGUGGAUGUGUUGAAGAAUAGGUACAAAACUCUGAGGAGACAGUAUAAUGUUAUAAAGAAUCUAUUAGACUUGGACGGAUUUCUCUGGGACGAGACACGUCAAAUGAUUACCGCAGACGAUUACAUUUGGCAAGACUAUAUCAAGGCACAUACAGACGCUCGACAAUUCAUGACACGGCCAGUGCCAUAUUAUAAGGAUCUGUGUGUGAUCUGCGAUCCGAGUUUUGACGAAAGAGAGUGCUCUCCAGGACAAGGUAUAGAGCAGCACCACGACGCCGAGGACGGAAAACUUUCAAUAGGUUUCCAGUCUCCUAUUACAUCAGUUUCAAGUGAAGAACAAGCAAGUGAGAAGGAAUCAACACAUUUAGGUCCAAAGAACAAGAGGGAAUUAGAAAGCAUGUCUAGUUUCGAUCAUAACAAGAAGCUAAGAGGUGAAGAUGAGAGCAUGGCGAGUGCCCUUCGAGAGAUGGCAAGCUUCGUUUCUUCCUUAUCAGACAAGAAGAAAAACGACGAUAACUCGAGUUCCAUCUCGAUUGAGACAGUAAUUGAAGCUAUCCAAGCAUUGCCAAACAUGGAUGAGGACCUUGUAUUGGAUGCUUGUGAUCUCCUUGAGGAUGAAAAGAAGGCAAAAACGUUUAUCGCAUUGGAUGUCAAAUUACGACGAAAGUGGUUGAUACGAAAACUUCGACCCGAGGGGGCGACCCAUUUGCGGCGAGUCGUCUCGUCGGGCCGCAACCGGGUGAGGUUUUUUCGGCUGAACGACGACAACGAGAUUAGCGAAGAAACCAGAGGGCCCCCAUAAAUUUGUUCCUCUUUUUG